UAAAAUCCAUGGUCUGUAGAAGAGGGUUCGCGUCGCAGUGAUGAGGAGUUGUCGCCAUUCGUACUGCAGGACCCGCGCACCCUCCACUGUGGUGGAGACUACACGUUGACAACAUACCAGCCGUGAUCGCUGCCGCAGAGUAGAACAAACAUCCGUCGGCUAUUAUAGUUUAUAUAAAGAGUCAGGAAGCUUGACGAGAUCGUCCGCCUGUUUUCGAGCAUCGAAUAUCCCGUUAACUUAGUUGCUUUUGCCUUCAGCUUCUGUGUCGUUCAAAAUCUCCAUCAUGCCUGCCGUCGUCGAAAAUAGUCCGGCUGCGACCAUCAGGGGAGGCCAUGAAGAGUCGCGUCCUCGUAUUUCAGAGCCACUCCAGUAUUCCGGGACGCUCGACUCGUACGUCAAAAGAGACCUGACGCCGGUAAUUGGUCGCGAGUACGAAGGUCUUCAGGUGGCAGAGAUCUUGAAAUCAGAACAACGUGAUCAGAUCAUCAAGGACUUGGCGGUAACGAUCUCAAGCAGAGGUGUUGUUUUCCUGCGUGAUCAGGACGUGACACCGCAGCAGAUGCGCGAGUUUGGAGAGAAACUAACAUAUUUGGCCGGAUGCCCAGAGUCAUCCGGACUACACAUCCAUCCCCUAACAGAAGAAGGCAGUGAACUGGGCGACCAAAUCAGUGUGAUCAGCAGCGAGAAGCAGAAGAAAGGAGGCGGUCUUACACAUCAACUCAGCGACACGAGUCGGUUCGCCUCGGUGGGUUGGCACAGCGACAUCAGCUUCGAACCCGUGCCAUCCGACUAUGCCAUGCUGAAGAUCCACACGCUUCCCGAGACGGGCGGCGAUACUCUCUGGGCGUCGGGAUAUGAGAUCUAUGAUCGCUUGUCGCCCGCCAUGGCCGGGAUGUUGGAGGGGCUGACGGCCACACACGACGCGACUUUCUUCCACGAGGAAGCGCGGAGGUUGGGCAAUCCGUUGCGGAAAGGAAUUCGAGGGUCUCCGCUCAACCAGGGAGAGGCGCUGACCGCCGUUCAUCCCGUGAUCCGCACGAAUCCUGUCACUGGGUGGAAGUCCGUGUAUGUGAAUAAGGGAUUCACGAAGCGCAUCAACGGAGUCACAAAAGACGAGUCCGAUAUGUUGCUCAACUACUUGUUCAAUCUUGUCACCCAAAACCAUGAUGCGCAGGUUCGCUUCCGCUGGAACAAGAAUGAUUUGGCAAUCUGGGAUAACAGGUCGACUUGGCACUGUGCGACCUAUGACUAUGUGGAGGCUCGGGCUGGAGACCGGGUUUGCAGUCUGGGUGAAGCACCGUACUUGGAUACUCGCUCAAAGUCGCGUAGGGAGGCCUUGCGGGAGGCGUGAGGCGGUUGAUUUCCUUGUCUAUAAG